UGUAUGAUCUGUCAGGAAUAGUUGAAUUAACCCUCAAACCGGCCGGUUAAUUGUUCUCGGGAGCGACAAUAAACCGAAUUUUAAACUGAAAAACCGAAUCUUUGGCCGGUUAUUUAUCAAAUUGUACCGGAAAUAACCGAAUGAAGCCCUCCCUUAAACGACGUCUUCUUCUUCUUUCUCGAAAAUUCGCCAAAGCUUCGAUCCGAAAACUUCUUCGCCAAUCUUCCUUUUCUUCUCACGAAUUUCUCCUUCAAGCUCCGUUCCCAGCAAUGUCAUGGUACAGAAGAACAAAACUCGUAUUCGAUUCCCUGCGACGCAACAUAAACCCGAAGAUUCUACCUCGAUCUCAUGUUACUUCGAGAAUCAACAAUCCAAUUGGGUCUUCUAAUCCCUCAGCUAAGUUCUCUUCAAUCUCUUCGCGAGAAGUAGGAUUAAGAUCAUGGACAUCUCUCGGCCGAAACACGAACAGAAUCGCGUAUAAUCCGUUUCUGAGUCAACCCAAGAGAUAUUACUACGUUGAUCGAUACCAAGUUCGUCAUUUCAAGCCACGAGGACCAGGACGGUGGUUUCAAAACCCUAGAACUGUGUUUACGGUGGUGCUCGUUGGUUCCGUUGGUCUGAUCACUUUGAUUGUUGGGAAUACAGAAACGAUUCCGUACACAAAGAGAACACAUUUCAUUCUCUUAUCGAAACCUAUGGAGAAGCUUCUUGGUGAAACUCAAUUUGAGCAGAUUAAGAAAACUUACCAAGGGAAAAUUCUUCCUGCGACUCAUCCUGAGAGUAUCAGGGUUAGAUUGAUAGCUAAAGAGGUUAUUGAUGCGUUACAGAGAGGUUUGAGUAAUGAGCGUGUAUGGAGUGAUUUGGGGUAUGCUUCUACUGAGAGUAGUUUGGGAGGUGGUAGUGAUAAAGGAGUUAAGGAAAUGGAAAUGGCUAUGAGUGGUGAAGAUACUAUGACUGAUAUGAAAUGGUCUAAAGAAGAUCAGGUUCUUGAUGAUCAAUGGAUUCAAAAGAGUAGGAAGAAAGAUUCAAAGGCUCAUGCAGCGACUAGUCAUCUUGAAGGUAUUAGUUGGGAGGUUCUUGUGGUUAAUGAGCCUAUUGUUAACGCGUUUUGUUUGCCUGCUGGGAAGAUUGUGGUGUUCACUGGGCUGCUUAAUCAUUUCAAGUCAGAUGCUGAAGUUGCCACUGUGAUUGGGCAUGAGGUUGGUCAUGCGGUGGCCCGACAUGUAGCUGAGGGAAUAACUAAGAACUUGUGGUUUGCUAUCCUUCAACUGGUCCUAUAUCAGUUUGUCAUGCCUGAUCUUGUGAACACUAUGUCCGCCCUUUUCUUGAGGCUUCCUUUCUCCAGAAAGAUGGAGAUAGAAGCAGACUACAUCGGUUUGCUGUUACUUGCAUCUGCGGGCUAUGACCCACGAGUAGCUCCCACAGUGUAUGAGAAGCUGGGAAAGCUCGGUGGAGACGCACUCGGAGAUUAUCUAUCGACCCAUCCGUCGGGAAAAAAGAGAUCAAAACUUUUGGCUCAAGCCAAUGUGAUGGAAGAAGCACUAAUGAUAUAUAGAGAAGUCCAAGCAGGUCGUACUGGCGUUGAAGGCUUUCUUUAGCUCUUCACCAUUCAUCUCGUCUGCUUCUGUACAUUAUUUCUCCUCCACCUCCAUUAAUCAUGUGGAAUGUUAUGUUAGUAUGUUUAUGUCGUUAAAUUGAUUGGUGCAAUAGAAUGAUUCCGAUUGAGACGUAUAGUUGGAUAUUUUGGUCUAAAUAAACAUUUUAGACAUAGAACAUGCAAAUGGUGAAAAUAGGAACCUGAAAUAGAAUAGUUAUAAGUAUUGAAUUCACGA